AUGAUCUUCCGACGACAGCUCUCCACCCUCAUCCCCCCCAAGGUGGCUUCUCCUGCUACCCUCCACGGAGCCCCCAACGCUAAGCGAAUGGCCGAUGUUGUGUCUUUCUACAAGGCCCUUCCCCAGGGAGCUGCCCCCGCUCUUCCCAAGACCGCCAACCCCUUCAAGCUUUACUACCGAAAGUACUUUCACCCCAAGUCCGGUAAGGCUUCUGGUGCUCCCCUCCUGCAUCUGAUUCUCGGUAUCUUCCUCUUUGGAUACAUCUCCGACUACCAGUUCCACCUCAAGCACCACAAGAACGGUGCUCACUAA